AUGUCCGAGCUGUCUUUAAAUACAUCCGGCUCCCUCAGCUCUCCGCCGGCUGAAGCCGACCCUGAUGAGACCCCUAAGCCCUCGCGGGUUCGCAGCAGCCAAUCUGGCGAUGUUAAGCCGCACGACGUCGCUGUCCAGGACGUGACUCCGCGCAGGAACAUCAAACAAAACGACGAGACCGUCUCGCAAGCAUCCGAGGAUUCGCCCGUCUAUUCUCUCGAAAUGACCAAGAAGCAUGGCGAUGACCAUCGGGCGGCGCAGCGAAACGCCGAGUUGAUCAGGCAGAUGGAGACAGAGAAGCAGCUGUACCCGGGCGCGAGCACGUGGGCCGCGCCAGAGGAAAAGCUGUUUGAGAUUUUGUUUCUCCGUCAAGAUCUUCCCAUGUUGCCCGCGCACUGGGAUGUCGACUUUCGCGGCGUGCCCAUGGCGGACAGCGUCUUCCAGACGUCGGACGACUACCCGCCCAUUAUCUACGCCCACUCCAACAAGGAGUUUCGUGCAACGAUGGCGCUGUUGAGGCUCAUCGAUCUCACGGCCAGCGUCCGGACGACAUGCCAGUCCGGCCUGCGACAAAAGGCCCCAGCGCUCAUCAAGAAGGGCAUCAACCACUUUGUCACCUGGGCGGCCGAAGACGGCGGCUACAGCACGCUCAACUACAUCCCAAACAUCAUCGUUGAGAACACUGAUGCGGGCGAGACGGAAGCCGACAUCACGGGACACAUUCAGCAGCGCAUGCGGGCCUUUGCCAAAGUUCAGCGGGAGUUUCUCAAGGUUGACCGCGAUCCUGAGUUCUGGAACGUCGACGAACAGCGACUGUCCAGCCCAAGUCUGACUGAUGUGGAGCUGCUUCUGGAGAAAUAUAUGCUGGACGACGAGGAGACCGAGGAGGAGGGAUCGCAGCCUGCCGAGGAGGAUCCUGCAACCAGAUCCGAUGACGAGACGGCGACAAAUGCAGGCCAUGCUCCUACCGAAGAAAGUGAUGUUGCGCAGUCGGUUCUAGGCCCUCGGGUUAAUGAGCAGUCACCUUUGCAUGAGUCUGUCGAAGACAGCGCAACACCACCCCCCGAGACGCUCGACUUGUGGCAGUUCCGCCGCCGCCCACCCGUCGUCUACGGCAUCUUCAUCCUGCGCACCUCGGUCUUCAUCCUCACCGUCGACUCCGCCAAGGACGGAAAAAACGCAUACGUCAGCUUUCACGUCGACGUGCACUUCAUGGACCGCCAUCAGAGCGUCUGGAACGCGCUGACCGUGGCCCUCGUCGUCUGCCUGGCGCGCGACGAGCUCAUGACGCGCCUCGACGAUUUUGAGACGGCCGACAUGCCCGAGGAGAGCGACCCCGACGCCUGA